AUGUCGGGUCUUCGCUCGACGCGUUCGGCGGCCAACAGCCGUGUGACGCUUCUGACGACCGAAACCAAGCCUGACGUCAAGCCCGAUGUCGAUGCCAACGGGUUCACCUCGCUGCGGAGAGCGACGCGGUCCACGACGCGCCCCGAACCCGAAGCGUCUUCGGCCAAGUCGACCGUCGACCUGUCAAAAUACUCGUAUGCUGAACCCGCGCGGAAGCGCGUAAAGCGCGAAGUCAAGGAGGAGGACGAGCCGUUGGUGGAGGUCAAGGACGAGCCUGUCUCUCCAGCGAGAAAGAGGAAGGAGAAGGCGGCAUAUCUCCCUGCGCGGGAGAAGGCACACCCUGAGCCCCCCAAGUGGCGGGAGCAGUACGCAUUGAUUGAGCGUAUGCGCGCCGGCAUCGAUGCGCCAGUCGAUACUAUGGGAUGUGAGCGGCCGCGCACCAUGAGAGACCUAGACGACAAGACGCUCCGGUUCCACAUCCUCAUCUCGCUCAUGCUCUCCUCGCAAACAAAGGACGCAGUGACGUCCCAAGCCGUCAUGAACCUCCACGAAUCCAUUGUAGGGGGAUUGACGGCCGCGACGCUCGCGACUGCGCCCGAGUCGACCGUAGCGGACGCGAUCAACAAAGUCGGUUUCUGGCGCCGCAAGACAGAAUACAUCCAGGCGGCGGCGCGGGCACUCGUUGCCCGUCCCGACGGCGACGUGCCCCAGACUAUUGAAGAGCUGUGUCAGUUGAAGGGAGUCGGGCCCAAGAUGGGUUUCCUGGCCCUUCAGGCCGCAUGGAAUAUAAACGCGGGCAUCGGUGUCGACGUGCAUGUGCACCGCAUCACGAACCGGCUGAAAUGGCACAAACCGCCUACCAAGACGCCAGAGGAUACUCGCGUCAACCUCGAGUCGUGGUUGCCGCCAGAGCUACAUCGACCGAUUAACCCGCUCCUCGUGGGCUUUGGACAGGUCAUCUGUUUACCUGUCGGGCCGCGUUGCGACAUCUGCCUCCUGGGCCAGCAGAAGCUGUGCCCGUCGCGCGUUACGGUGAACGCUGCGAACCGGAAAGAGAUCGCGUACCGCUUCACGGCAGACAGGGACGUCAAGCGCGAGAUCGAGGAGACUAAGCCAAAGGUCGAGAUUGCGUAUGAGGAAGAAGAGGAAGAGAAGCUGCGGCCGGCGGUGGACGAGGUAGACCGAGUAGACAAACUGGAAGGGGAGGCGACAGUCGACGCGAUAUCCGUCAAAAUCGAGCCGUAG